AUCAAACAAUUAAACAAAUAACCUCGAACAAGCUUGAUACUACCCUCACUCUCUCAGGUGGAAAGCACUCUUCCUUUUUACCCUACUCUCCUUCAUUGCAAGAAUGUUAUCAUUGUUCUCAUUCUCACCAAUAAUGUUAAGGUGUGCUCUUCAAAUCCCAAAUUCUGUUUCCCACUCUGCUCUCCGUCUUUGCUUCCCUUCAACUUCAUCCCUACACUCUCACUCUCAGCCCCAAUCGCUUGAUGAAGCUGUUGAUUCCUUCACUCGCAUGCUCUCUAUGCGUCGUACUCCUCCCAUCAUCCAAUUUAACAAGAUUUUGGGAUCCCUUUCCAAGACGAACCAUUUCCACGCCGCCGUUUCCCUUUUUCAGCAAUUGCAAAUCAGGGGAAUCGCGCCCAGCGUAGUUACUUUGAGCAUCGUAAUUAAUUGUUGUUGCGGCAUGGGUCGUAUGACGCUUGCUUUCUCUGUAAUGGCCAAGAUUUUCAGGAUGGGUUUUCAGCCUGAUACCAUAACAUUGACAACAAUCCUGAAAGGUCUCUGUCUCUCUGGUAGUGUUGAAAAAGCAGUGAGCUUUCAUGACAGAGUGCUGGCUCAUGGAUUUCACUUUAAUCAAGUCACUUAUGGGACCUUGAUCAAUGGCCUCUGUAAGACCGGACACACAUCAGCUGCUAUUCAAGUGUUGAGAAAGAUCCCACAUUAUGGCGUUGCUCCUGAUGUCUUCAUGUACAGCGCAAUUAUUGAUAGCCUCUGCAAGGAUACACUUGUAAGUCAGGCUUUUCAUUUAUUCUCUGAAAUGCUUGCUAAGGGAAUUUCUCCCGAUGUUAUCACAUACAGUUCUCUCAUUUUUGGAUUGUGUCUUGAGGGUCAAUAUAAGGAAGCCAUUGAUUUGUUAAGUGAUAUGGUGCUUAGAAACAUUACUCCAGAUGUUCGUACCUAUAGUAUUUUGAUCGAUGGGCUAUGCAAGGAAGGAAAGAUCAAAGAUGCUAAGAGUGUAUUGGCUGUAAUGGCAAAACAUGGUGUGAAACCAGAUGUGGUUACUUAUACCAGCUUAAUGGAUGGAUAUUGUUUGGUGAAUCAGGUAAAUAAGGCAAAAUAUAUAUUCAACACAAUGGCCCAAAGUAGAGUGUCACUCAAUGUUCAAAGUUACAAUACCAUGAUUAAUGGCUUGUGCAAAAGUAAAAUGGUCGAUGAAGCCUUGAAUCUCUUUGAAGAAAUGCGUCGUAAGUACUUGGUUCCAAACACAGUAACUUACAACACUCUUAUUGAUGGCUUGAGCAAAUCGAAGAGAAUCUCUUGUGCUUUAGAGCUUCUUGUCGAGAUGCAUGAAAGAGGUCAACCCACAGAUGUAGUCACUUACAAUUCCUUGUUGGAUGGGAUGUUCAAUAUCAAACAAGUUGACAAGGCACUUAUGUUAUUCAAGCAAAUGAAAGAGAGUGGCAUUGAUCCAAAUAUAUACACUUACAACAUACUUAUAGAUGGCCUAUGCAAAGGUGGAAGACUUAUAGAUGCAAUAGAGAUUUUUGAAGAUCUUUCCGUUAAAGGCUAUCGUCCAAAUGUGAGGACAUACAGUAUUAUUAUCAAUGGGCUCUGCAAAGAGGGCUUGUUUGAAGAAGCAUUGGCACUCUUGUCAAAAAUGGAAGGCAAUGGUUGCUUACCAGAUGCUGUGACUUUUGAAACUAUUAUUGGUGCUUUGUUUGAAAAAGAUGAGAAUGACAUGGCAGAGAAACUUCUUCGGGAAAUGGUUGCUAGAGGCUUAUUGAAUUGAUAAAAAAAAAGGUAAUAUACAUGAAUUCAAAUUGAAAUUACAUCUCAUUGUUGCUGAAUAUGUAUCAUAGUUUUGUAAAUUCUGUGUCUGUUGGAUAAGAGGACUUUGGCAAUGCCAUAACAUUAAUUAAUUUUGCACUUUCGAGUUUUGCAGUUGCUAUCAUCCUUUUUAAUUCCACUACUUUAUUGAUUCUUUAGAUGAUAUUCCUAGUUAUAGCUUAUAGAUUUAGUGUUUAAGAUCUCUUUAUUGCAAUGGAGUGUUCUUUACUGUUAUUCUAUGAGAUCAUAUAUUUAUCACGCUACAAACUAAGCAAAACUAAAAAGAUUGAAUAUUUUGUUUUGUUGUUUGUUCUCUGCUAUUCUGUUGUGCAAGUUAUUUUUCCGUAUCUUUGUAGGUACUGUAUAUAUAUAUGUAUAUAUAUCAAAAUA